AGGAGCCAAAUAGGCAUGGAAGCUCCCAUCGGCGACCCAGAACCGGAGCCGUCGGAGAUUGAGUACCUGAGCUACGGCGGCGAGCACCAUCUCCCUCUCAUAAUGAGCCUCGUCGACGAAGAGCUCAGCGAGCCCUAUUCCAUUUUCACAUACCGCUAUUUCGUGUAUCUAUGGCCCAAUCUCACCUACCUCGCUUUUCACAGGGGCAAGUGCGUGGGCACUGUGGUGUGCAAGAUGGGGGAACACCGCAGUACUUUCAGAGGCUACAUCGCGAUGCUAGUCGUUAUCAAACCUUACAGAGGAAAAGGCAUUGCAACUGAACUUGUUACGAGGGCCAUACGUGUGAUGAUGGAAUCUGGCUGUGAAGAGGUGACAUUGGAAGCAGAAGUUACAAACAAGGGAGCUUUGGCUCUGUAUGGCCGUCUAGGAUUUAUCAGGGCGAAGAGGCUGUUCCGUUACUACCUCAAUGGAGUCGAUGCCUUCCGCCUGAAGCUUCUGUUCCCUCGUUCAGAAACCCCCUUUUUGGUAAGCCAAAGUGAAACCAGUGACCAUCUUGCUGAAAGCCAGUUUGCUUAUUGCUAGGCCUUCUCCAGCGGAACGUCAAAUAUGUGUAUGGCGCCGUUCGGUUACUCAAGCCGAACGCUAAACUUUUCGCUAUUUGCUUGCAGGUGGCAUCGUACUGUUCACCCACUAUUUUUUUUAAUAUAAAUAUAUGAUUAAAAAUAUAUAAAAUAAUUUAUGUGAAAGAAUAUACUAUGAAUAUUCUUUUUUUUUAUGUUUGAAAAUGAAAUUCAAUUGGAGACGAGUUUCUGCAUUUUGAUGUAUUA